AUGAUCGCCAGUCUUGAUGAUUUGCCAUGGUCUGGCUCGUUGGUUUCACUGAAAGCUCUGUACUUUGUCUCUGCAUUACUGUCGGGUCUUUACUAUAUCAUUUUGUGGCAACAACGUAUAUCAGCGGCAAAAGCUGAAGACAUCAAAAAAUGGGUGGACGAUUCCCCGGCCAUGGUGAAAGCGGGGUUGGCUAAAGCCGAUUCAUUUCGAAUCAUGGGUGAUAAAGGUUAUCUGACAAUCUUUUCGCCUAAAUACGCCGUCGAAAUCGGGAACCACAAAGCAUUAAGUCUGGAUAGGGUAAUUGAACACGAACUAUAUGCUCACCUUAAAGGGUUUGAUCCGUUCGCCUACGCUGGCGCACGUGUGUUUCAAGGCCUUGUGAGGAAGAAGAUGACACAAGCACUCGGAACGGUGACAAAACCUGUUGCCGAGGAGGCAUCACUGGCCCUGGAGAAGAAUUGGACAAAUAACCCUGAUUGGCACAGCUUCCCUCUUGCGCCUAGCCUUCUCAAACAGAUAGCCCAACAGUCGUCAAGGGUCUUCUUAGGCGAAAAGAUUUGUCGAAAUCCUGAUUGGCUUCGUGUCGCGACUGACUACACAACAAGCUCGUUUAGAGCAGCAGAAGAGCUUCCAGACUGGCCAAGCAUUUUACACCCAAUCUUAGUGCGGAUUUUAGGCUCUACCCGGGAGAUGCAACGACAGUUUCAGAAGGCGCGGGAUAUCAUCGAGCCAGUGUUGAAAGAGAGAGAAAUAUCCAAAGAAGCCGCCAGACUGGAGGGCAAAUCACCACCAGUCUAUAAUGACGCUUUAGAAUGGAUGGAGCAGGCGUCCCAAGGAGAGCUCUAUGACCCUACAGCGACUCAGUUGAUCUUAUCUACCUUCUCUUUACACACUACAUCGGAUAUGAUUACACAGGCAGUAUUCGAUCUAUGUGGCAAGGAAGACCUCAUCAAGGAACUACGAGAGGAAGUGAUUACAGUGCUAUCCCAGGAAGGAUGGAAGAAAACUUCACUUAACAAGCUACAUUUGAUGGAUAGCUUCUUGAAGGAAUCUCAACGGUUAAAGCCACUCAAUAUUGCUGCAUUGAGACGAAUGGCAGAAGAAGACGUUGUACUGCAGGAUGGAACGAAGAUUGUCAAGGGGACAUCACUUUAUGUUCCUGUUGAUUGGAUGCGGGACGCGAAAUUUUAUGAGAGCCCUGAAACCUUUGAUCCCUAUCGGUUCCUCAAGCAGCGCCAAGUUGCUGGGAAUGAAACUCGUGCACAGUUGAUAGUGCCUGCAGCUGAGCAUAUGGGAUUCGGUCUUGGACUUCACGCAUGCCCCGGUCGAUUCAUGGCUUCUAAUACCAUCAAGGUUGCACUGUGCCAUAUUCUGGUGAAGUAUGACUUCAAGCUACCGGAAGGCUCGGUACCUAAACAAAGGCGACAUGGAGGUAUUGUUCAGGCGGAUCCUGAGAUGGAAAUUAUGGUUCGUCGGCGCCAGGAAGAAAUUAGUCUAGAUGAGAUUUGCAACAUUUCUUAG